ACCAGGGGUCGUUUAUUUAAAUAUCGGUGUGUAUGGUAGUUUCCAAAACGGGCUAAUCUUGACGCAUCAUUCCUUCUUUACUUGCACCAAAAAAGAGGAAACAAAAGUAAUCCAUGACGCAGUUUGGUUUGGUGAAAGAAAACUGUCUACUCAAAUUCAAACUGUAAAAAUAAAGUCAAUAAAAUUGUUUCCACAUCGCAUGGGAACAGGAAAUCCAGGUCAAUGAACAAAAAUACAAAGAAAAUGAGCAUUGCGGAUGAUGAUGGAUGUUAAUGAUAUUCAUAAUUACGGUCAAAAAACUAUUUCACCCCUCCGGGCAUAUUUCCACUGUCCGUCUUUUUUCGUCUAACCUUCGUUCUUCUGGUUCAAUACGUCAUCACAACGCAUCAACUAUGUAGCAAACCUCAAAUCCUAAUUCUAUCACAGAAUGCAUUAUACUCGUCAUCCACAGCAUACAUAUAAUGAUAAUAAUAUAAUAAACAAUUACCAAUUCACAUAAUUAAUAUAUCACAUAAUUAAAACAUAAUAAUCACAUAAUUAAAACUUACUGAAAUUAUUUCACUAAUUAUUCUGACUGAAAAUAUUUGAAGAACAGAAACUAUAUUUAGGCUCUUACACGUAUUGAAUAUUAGCUGAAACGAUCGAUGGAUUCCGGCAACGGUUAAUGUGUGGCCGAACGCUUCUGCGUUCACGAGCCGUCAAAACCGUUACUCGGUGGGAUUUAUUCCUGAUUGAGAACGGAUCCAGCAACAAAGUAUUUGUAUGCGUCCAGACUCUUCUACGCUUUCAAACUCUUCCGUGUGAAUAUCGAGGACUUAUUCACCAGAUCCACGUGUAGAGCCAGUUGUCCAAGACAAGCGGAAGCGAAUUAACAGUCCAAUUUCUUAUCAGCGAAAACAUCGACUUCAGCAUUAAAUACGGGUCCCCGAUGCCAAGUGUCUCUCAUUUUUCCACGUAUCUUCAUUUAUGAUCACCUUCUACAUGUCUAACGUAUCGGACAAGACUCUGGCCGUCGUGCUAUAAGACAUAUUUCCGUGUCGUCUACAAGCGACUUAGCAUUGAACAAUGCUUUGUUUGACUGGCAAUAUGGCGACGUAAACAAACGUCGUGUGAUUUUAUGACGGAGGUGGACGAGCUCUAUUGCAGGUUAAAAAAAUACCAGUUCACCAAAUUAUUAUUUCAGGGCUGCUAAUUUAAUGGAUUUCUGCGGCUCAUACUUCAAGUGUACAAAUCUGACUGGUGUCAGUGCCUCACUGUUUGUCAUCUGAGAUUUACAAAAAAGAAAAAACACCCACUCAUCCAUUUUGCAAACCGCUUAUCCUCAAUGCCGAACCAAGUACGAAGUCUACAGUUAAUAAAAGAUACCAACAGAUAAAAUGUGACGCACAUCUCACGAUAAAAAUGGACCUUAAACUAAAGAUGAAAGCAUGUUGACACAAUUGUACACAAUAAAUCUAGUGUUGAAUGCGUAUUCGUAUGAUUGUUACUUUAUUAAAGUACAUUUGCGCUUUUUCAAGGGAAGAACGUGUGUUUUUUGUUUUGUAUUUGUUGUGUUUCGUGUGCUCAAAACUGUUCCAACAUCUUGACCACUAAUCUAAAAAAAGAAAAGAAAAGACUGGAUGGUUCAUUGGCCACCAAAACUGAAGUCGCCAUCUGCCAUCUUGAUACUCCCAAAGCAACCAUGCCGACCUGUGCAGUGACAGCGAUUAAGUGUGUUAAUCGUCAGUUUCGUGGCUGUGAGAAAACAUUCCACAGGUAAGUUAGAAAGAUUUACUUUGACACUGUUAAAGUUUGUUUGUCAAGGUUUUUUUUUAUUUUCAGAUGAGCUUAAUUCACUUGAACAAAGUUUUGUUUACUUUUUUUUUUCUUCACUGUUCACUCUCCGCUUAAAUUUUAUUGGCUGAAAAAAAGCGAUGUGAAUAUUUUCCCAAACUUAAUCAGUGGAUAAGCAAGAAAGCACAUUUCCUGUGAAAUUUUUUCGACAAAUUUCAAAAUACAGAACUGCAAAUUGAAUUUUGAUUUUCAAAUGCGAGGAAAGAAGUUUACAUUUUCUGUCUGAAAUGGGACGGCGCAGAGACAACAAACGAACAAUGCGUUUAGCAUGUAUUUUCCCAUUGCGAGUCCUUAUUUCCCUAAAUAUAUCUAUGAUGAUAGUGCUUCACAGUGUAUUUUGAGAAAAGUUAUUAAUAUGUGAGGUUUCUUGGUAGUCACGGUGUUAUGUCUUUGCUUUGCAAUGAACCUUUUUUUUUUUUGCUUACCAAGUCGAAUUAAUAAUCCUUCAUGUUACCAGAACUGAAAAAAAUGUCAAACUCACACGACCAGUUGUAAUUCUACAUGCCAAAUUUUGAGGAAAAGCCCCACCACAAUCCAACCUGUAAGCCAAGUGCUCAACACAUAUUGGGAGUACCAAGAUGGCGGCCAACUGGCUUCAACCAAUCGACAUACCGCUCGAUGUGUAGGCGCUAGCCAGUCUCUUUUUAUCUUGAGUAGCGAAAGAAAACGUCGUCUUUCGCUCCACUUCCGGCUUGCACCCGGUUGGCUGAGGCUUUGCAAUGGGCGCGGCUUGGAUCCGGACCUGCUCGGCCUCUUUCUUUCUUUUUUUUUUUGGUCCCUUCCUUCUCUCUCUCGCUCCCUCGCCUGCUCCGUGCGUGCGUGUGUGCGGCAUCCGAGCCGGGCGCAUCUACUCGAGCGGUGGACAUGACGGCCAGCAUCCGAUACAAGAGCCGGAUUCCGGUCAAGACGGAGGACACCGCCGAGGAGAAGCAGUACGUGGGCUUCGCCACGCUUCCCAACCAAGUCCACAGGAAGUCGGUGAAGAAAGGCUUCGAUUUCACCCUCAUGGUGGCAGGCGAGUCGGGCAUGGGCAAGUCCACUCUGGUCAACAGCUUGUUCCUCACCGACCUCUACAAAGACCGGAAGCUGCUGAACGCUGAAGAGCGCAUCAACCAGACGGUGGAGAUCAUCAAGCACACCGUGGACAUCGAGGAAAAAGGCGUCAAGCUCAAGCUCACCAUCGUCGACACGCCGGGCUUCGGGGACGCCGUCAACAACAAUGAGUGUUGGAAGCCCAUCACGGACUACAUCGAUCAACAAUUUGAGCAGUACUUCCGAGACGAAAGCGGCCUCAAUCGGAAGAACAUCCAGGACAACCGCGUCCACUGCUGCCUUUACUUCAUCCCUCCAUUCGGUCACGGGUUGCGUCCGGUGGACGUUGAGUUCAUGAAAGCUCUGCACGAGAAGGUGAACAUCAUCCCGCUCAUCGCCAAAGCCGACUGCCUCACUCCCACUGAAAUCAAGAAGCUGAAGGACCGAAUACGAGAAGAAAUUGACAAGUUCGGCAUCAAAGUCUAUCAGUUCCCCGAGUGCGACUCAGACGAGGACGAAGAGUUCAAGCAACUAGACAAAGAGCUGAAGGAGUGCACCCCGUUCGCUGUGAUCGGCAGUAACACGGUGGUGGAAGCCAGAGGGCAGCGAGUGCGAGGGCGACUGUACCCCUGGGGAAUUGUCGAAGUGGAAAACCAAUCCCACUGUGACUUUGUGAAGCUGAGGAACAUGCUGAUCCGCUCGCACAUGCACGACCUCAAAGACGUCACCUGCGACGUCCACUAUGAGAACUACAGGGCGCAGUGUAUACAGGAGAUGACGAGCAAACUGGCACAGGACAAUCGCAUGGAGAGUCCCAUUCCCAUCCUGCCGCUGUCCACGCCGGAUGCGGACACUGAAAAACUGAUCAAAAUGAAAGAUGAGGAGCUGAAGAGGAUGCAGGAGAUGCUGACUAAAAUGCAGCAGCAGAUGCACGAGAAAGACUAGCAAUGACACGGGUCAUUGAACGCAACACAACACGGAUUUUGUUUGGUUGUUGACUGGCUUGUACAUUUAUGUUUCUUCUAUUUGGUGCUUUUUUUUUGUAUCGCUUGUAUGCCUGAAUGCUUGUUUGAUCCCAGUUUAACAAUAUAAAAGCCUAAUUUAAAUCUUUAAUCAAGUGUACCUAAUUUAUAAAUAGAGUGCUAAACUCCUUGGGAGAUUUUGUCAGGGUUUCGUGUGGCAGCAAACGAUUCGAAUGAUGUUUUUCUAUUCAGCGCGUGCGAGCGUGUGUUUGUGUCAUUAAGUCUCUUUGCACAAUUGCUUAUUGUUUAUUUAAAUUUGAAAAAAAAAGUGACGAUAAUGAUGAAUGCAUUAUUUAUUUCAGAUGUAGAGCAGCUUUUUUUUUUUUUAGACAAUGGCUCGCUGAUUUAAAACUGCAAUUUUUUUGUUGCCAGAUGUCAAUUAUUAACUGUGAACGCACGUAGUAAUAACAAUAAUACAGUAAUUUUGAUGACAGGAUGCUCACGUAAGCAUGCUGCCGCUACUUGUGUCUACUUGACUGCUUCACAGCUGACAUUUUUGUUUUUGGUUUGUGUCAAAUGUUUUUGUGACCUUUAUUUUAUUAUUUUUUUUUUUUUGCUUUUAUGGAAAACAAAUGCUGUAGUUGAUGCUUCAGGGUUUUUUGGGGGGGGGAUUGUGCCCGCGAAGAAGAGCCGAGUGUGAAUGAGUGCAAAUGUAGGAAAAAUACAUCUUCCUUCUGUCCGACAUGACAAAUAAUAAACUUGUUUUCGUCAUU